AUUAAAAUAUAGUAAUGUACAAGACAGAGAUAAAACCGAAGCCUCUUUACCCACAGUUUAUAGCACUCCACAGCAAAGGAAAAUUAGGAAAAAAAAAAAAAGUUGUUAAAUGCAAACAUUUAGAGAGUUUCCUGGUCCUUAUUAAAUAUGGAAAGAAACAUGGCUGAGCAAAACAAGAAGAAUCUUCAGUACAUUGAAGAGGUCACUACCAAUGCUGAUGAUGUCCAAAAGAGAGUUCUUGCUGAAAUCCUCGCUCGAAAUGCCAACGUUGAGUACUUGCAGCGCCAUAAUCUCAAUGGUCACACUGAUAGAGAGACAUUCAAGAAAGUGAUCCCUGUGAUCACCUACGAAGAUAUUCAGCCCGAUAUCAACCGUAUAGCCAAUGGCGAUAAAUCUCCAAUCCUCUGCUCCCAGCCCGUAACUGAAUUCAUGACAAGUUCUGGGACGUCACGAGGGGAGAGAAAAUUGAUACCAACAAUAGAGGAAGAGCAAGGGAGGAGACCGCUGCUUCACGGCCUUAUGAUGUCUGUGGUGAGCCAAUUUGUUCCAGAUUUUGAAAAGAGCAAAGGAAUGUAUUUCAUGUUCGUAAGGUCUGAAGCGAAGACCCCGGGAGGAUUAUUAGCUCGCCCCCUUUUAACUAGUAUUUACAAGAGUCCUCAUUUCAUCAACACCAACUACACGAGCCCGACUGAAGCCAUUCUCUGCCUAGACGCUUACCAAAGCAUGUACGCACAAAUGCUUUGUGGCCUCUGCCAAAACAGAGAAGUCGUCCGUGUUGGCGCUGUUUUUGCAUCUGCCUUCAUCCGUGCCAUGCGAUUCUUGGAGAAUCAUUGGUCUCUAAUAUGUAACGAUAUCCGAACUGGAACCAUUUAUGCCCAAAUUACUGAUCCUUCAGUGAGAGAGGCUGUGAUGAAAAUCCUCAAACCCGACCCGGAGUUGGCUGAUUUCAUCGAGGCCGAAUGCAGCAAGGAUUCAUGGCAAGGGAUCAUCACUAGGCUGUGGCCUAAUACCAAGUACGUGGAUGUCGUAGUGACUGGAACAAUGUCACAAUAUAUACCAACGCUCGAUUAUUAUAGCAAUAGUCUCCUCCCUCUCGUCAGCACCACGUAUGGUUCCUCGGAAUGUUUGUUUGGGAUCAACUUGAACCCCUUUUGUAAGCCCAGUGAAGUCUCUUACACUCUCUUUCCCACCAUGGGCUAUUUCGAGUUCUUAGCAAUUCACAGGAACAAUGAAGUCGUCGAUUCUAUCUCCAUACCCGAGUCACAUAAUGAGAGGAAAGAACAACAAUUGGUCGAUUUGGUUGAUGUCAAGAUUGGCCAAGAAUACGAGCUCGUUAUUACCACAUAUUCUGGACUCUAUAGAUACAGGGUGGGUGAUGUGCUUCGGGUUGCUGGAUACAAGAACAGCGCGCCUCAAUUCAACUUUGUAUGCCGGGAAAAUGUAAUCUUGAGCAUCGAUUCUGACAAGACUGAUGAAUUUGAGCUACAAAAUGCAGUGAAAAAUGCAGCGAGCAAUCUGAUGACAUUCGAUGCACGUGUAACCGAGUACACCAGCUAUGCCGAUACUGCCACCAUUCCAGGCCACUAUGUCAUAUUCUGGGAGCUGAGCGAGAAUGGCUCUACCACGAUUCCUCCUUCGGUUUUUGAAGAAUGUUGCCUCACCAUUGAAGAAUCUUUAAACUGCGUCUACCACCAGAUGCGUGCGUGUGACAAAUCCAUCGGACCUCUGGAAAUCAGGAUAGUGGAAACAGGUACUUUUGACAAGCUCAUGGACUAUUGUUGCACUAACUUAGGUGCUUCCAUAAACCAAUACAAGACGCCGCGGUGCUUGAAACUUGGGCCGCUCAUGGAGCUAUUGGACUCGAGGGUUGUGUCUAGCUACUUCAGUCCCGUGUGUCCGAAAUGUUAUAUAUAA